AUGAAUUAUCAUAAAAUCCUUUUAGUGGCCAUAUAUAUUCUUAUAUUAAUAAAAAAAUAGAAUUUCAAUUACUAAAUAGAUCAAAAGAAAAUUUUAAUUCUUACUUUAAUUGUUGUAAAAAUCCAGAUAUUUAGAAGGAAAAUUAAGAAUAAAAUGCAAGUAUUCGGAAUCGUUUUGAACAAUCAAUUUUUUUGA